AUGGCUGAAAAGAAAUUCGGAGUAUGGGCGUUUUUUGACGUUAAAACAAACGAUAAAUCGAAGGCAGUUUCUAAGGAAUGCAAUGCAGUAUUGUCGCGGGGAAGACCAGCUACAUGGUGGAAGUUUAACACUAGAAAGUAUCCAACCAUAUCAAAGGUUGCACAAGUUUACCUAGCACCUCCACCAACAAGUGUACCAUCCGAAAGAUUGUUUAGCACGGCUGGAGACAUCAUCACUGAGCAUCGCACAAGACUGCUCCCUGACAACGCUGAGAAGCUGAUAUUCUUAAAAUACAAUGCUUCUCUUAUUUAA